AUGGCUGCGAGAGACAAAAUAAAUUCAGAUUUGGAACACAUUGGCGAUGAAAGUGGGGAAGUUAUUGAAAAAUGUCCAACUGAUUUUGUAAGCCCAAUUAGACAAUCACGUAUGGCUGAAAAAAUAGGACUUCAAAAUUUAAAUGAUCGCUUGGCUUCCUUUAUUGACUGUGUCAGAAAUUUAGAAACUGAAAAUACGCGUCUGCUUAAUGAAAUGAAUAUGAUGAAGGAAAAUGUUGCACUUGAAACAUCCAAUAUUAGAUCAAUGUAUGAGUAUGAGUCAUCAGAUGCAAGAAAAUUAUUGGAUGAAAUCGCUAAAGAGAAGGCUAAGUUAGAAAUAGAUACAAAAAUGUUAUGGGAGGAAAAUGAUGAAUUGAAGGAAAAAUGUUUAAAACUUAAGAAAAAUAUAAACAUGGUGCAAAAUGUAGCUCAAACGAGAGAAAUGAAUUUCAACGAUCUGCAAGUGAAAUAUAAUCAAGUAAAUACAGAAGGAAAAAAAGCAAGAGAUGACGCGAAUGAGCUUGAAUUAGAAAACAAUGGUUUGCGUAAGCAAUUAGUUGAGCUUAAGAAAAAUUUGGACUCUGAAUUACUGGCCCGUGUUGAAUUAGAAAAUGCUGUACAAAGCUUACGCGAAGAAUUAUCAUUUAAAAAUCAGGUGCACUCACAAGAAUUAAAUGAAUCGCGUGAAAGAGGACACUGCGAAAUUAGUGAAAUUGAUCGCCAAUUACAUGAAAAAUAUGAAGCCAAACUACAAAAAACAUUGAAAGAAUUACGUGACAAUUAUGAGUCCCAAAUACAUUCAAAUCGGGAAGAAAUUGUAAUAUUGUAUGAAGAAAAAUUUAAAAAUCUUGAAGCUGCAGUAAAACGAAACUUAGUUACGGCCAACGCAGCUGUGGAAGAAUUACGUUUAGCUCAUGCGCGUAUUGAAACUUUGAAUUCUAGAAUAUCUGAGCUGGAAGAAGCUAAUCUGCAAUUGCAAAAAAGUAAUCGUGAUUUGGAAAAAAUGAUAGAUUCAAAUCGGGCUGUUAGUGCUGAAACUAUUGCAAGUUUAAAAUCUGAUAUUAAUCAAUUACAUGAAGAAAUGGGACAACAAAUAAAAGAAUACCAGGAGUUAUUGGAUGUUAAAGUUUUAUUAGAUAUGGAAAUUGCAGCAUAUGAUCAAUUAUUGAAAGGAGAAGAAGAGCGUUUAAAUUUAAAAAAUUAA